AUGGCAAGUUGGAACACGGAGCACAUCUUGGAGUCGGGUGCGGGGAGUUCAUCGGAGGCGAUACUCGACGAACUUGUGUAUCCACUCGACACUACCAACGAGUGCACCGUCUUUGUGCAGGACGGCAUCGCCUCGGCGUUCCCUCUAAUGGAAGAAAUCCGACGGCAAGGAAAGUUGUGUGACGUCGUGCUCAAGAUAGAGGAUCAAUCAUUCAGUGCUCACAAGAUUGUACUAGCCUCCACUAUACCUUAUUUUCAUGCAAUGUUUACACAUGACAUGGUGGAGAGCAGGCAGCAGGAAAUAAUCAUGCAUGGAGUGGAUGCAUGUGCACUAGAAGCUUUAAUUAAUUUUGCAUACUCAGGCAAGAUCACCCUCGACAAGAAUAAUGUUCAGAUCAUCAUGAUGGGUGCUUCAUUACAAUUGAAUAAAGUGAGGGAUGCUUGUGCUAAUUUUUACUAAGAAGGUAACUAACUUGUCAUGCACUGCAUAUUACAUCCACAAAAUGCACUUGGCAUCCGGCAAUUUGCUGAUACAAUGAUACCCACAUUGGUGCAGCGUGCUGACAAGUAUAUUGAACAAUGUUUCCCAGAAGUGUCACAGCAUGAAGAGUUUAUGAAUUUAUCAAUUGACGACAUUAAGAAUAUUCUCUCAAGAAAUGAACUGCGCGUUGAGACUGAAGAGCAGGUGUUUGAAGCGUGUAUGCGCUGGGUGAAGUCGAAUGAAUCGCGACAUCAGCAUUUACCAGAGUUGCUCGCUCUGGUGCGCCUACCGCUGCUCUCACCAAUGUAUCUCACGGACCGCGUAGCAACAGAAGAGCUCAUUCGUUCUUCACAUCAGUGUCGCGAUUUACUUGAUGAGGCACGGGUUUAUCAUCUGCUACCUGAGCGAAGACAUUUGCUGCAGAGUUUUCGGACAAACCAAAGAGCCUGUGAAGUACGCGGGCAUAUCUACGUGGUCGGUGGGUUGAAUAAGCAUGGUGACUCGCUCAGCACCGUAGAGUAUUGUGAUCCAUGCACGAAGACUUGGAAAAUAGCGCCGCCGAUGUCUAUGCUACGCAGUCUUGGGGUGGCUGUUUUGAAAGGCAAAUUGUACGCAUUUGGAGGGUACAACGGCAGGGAUCGUCUUCAGAGUGUGGAGGUUUAUGAUGCGACCAAGAAAGAAUGGACGAUUGUAGCACCCAUGCAAUGCAAACGCAGCGCUUUGGGAGCUACUGCUUUAGGAGAAAUGAUCUACGUCUGGGGAUACGACGGCGUAACUUCGCUUAGUUCAGUUGAACGCUACCAUCCGCUCACCAACACUUGGCGCACCUUAGCGCCGAUGAACAAAUCUCGCAGUGCAGGAGCAGUGAUUGCUUGCCAGGGUUACGUUUACGCCAUUGGUGGACAUGAUGGAUUGUCCAUCUUUGAUUCUGUCGAGCGUUAUGACCCCAAUACAAACCACUGGACAGAGUCCACGCCGAUGCUUACGAAACGUUGUCGUCUAGGGGUGGCAAUGCUUGAUGGGAAAUUGUACGCAUGUGGUGGUUACGACGGCAGCUCUUUCUUGGACACCGUGGAAAUGUUCGACCCCAACACGAACAAGUGGCAGUUUGUAGACCAAAUGAAUGCCCAACGCAGUCGAGUAGCACUUACAGCUAAUAUGGGCAUGUUGUGGGCGGUCGGCGGCUACGACGGCAUUUCUAAUCUUAUUUCCGUUGAAGUGUACGACCCAAAUAAAAACACGUGGACGUACUCAAGUAACAUGAUUGCUCAUGAGGGUGGUGUGGGUUUGGGCGUGAUAUCGCUGCCGUGAUUAGCGCAUGUUUUGCGUUUUUUUUUAUUGAGAUUUGUUCCUAGAAUGUGUGUAUGUAAAUGAAGUGGGAUUGAUCUGAGAGCACUGACAGUUCGACUUUGCUGGUCAAUUGUAAACAUAAUCAUUGUAAAUGUUUCGAUUGUUUACCAUUUUAUUUUAAAACCUGCCAAAAAUUUAUUUAAAGGCUAGAUCGCUAAACUUUUGAACUGUUUUGUAUGAGAUACAUUAGUUCAUCUUGCAGCUUUAAUUUAGUGUCUAAUUGAAAUCCUACUUAUAAUUGAAUAGCCUAAGACAUGCUUUAAGUUCACUGUCAGUGUUCUGUAGCACGACUGGAUUUUUAGAGUUUUAUAAUUAUGAUUUGUGCCAUUAUUCACGUCUUCAUUAACGUUUAAUAUUCGAAGAAGUGUGUGUGUGUCACGCGUAUCUGAUUCUUAGUUUUAAUUUAUUAUUUGUCGAUAAAAGGAAUACGCUUAUUUUAAGAUUUAUUAUUAAAGUGCAUCAAAUAUGUACUGAACUAAGACAAAAUAAAUUUCAAAAGAAAUCGAUUGUUAAUAAUUUUAAUGGUUACAAAACUUUAACUAAGAUAAACAAAUGUUUGAAAUUGGAGUAAGCUGCAUUCUUGACAAAGGUGUGGGGCUCCUACACCCUUAAUCGCUUUCAAAUUGCUACAGAAAUUUACUUUUUAUUAUCUACGCCAUUUUUUCCUAAUAUUUUUGACAUGUCAAUGGAUUUAUCUUCAAUACGUUAUAUCAGCUCUUUUCUUGAGGUCAUACAGUUACAGGGUCACUUGCAUACUGUUUUCAAAUUCGUUUUCUUCUGAUUGUACAUUAUUUAAUUUUACAAUUUGAAUUAAAAAAAUAGAAUAAAAUUUUAUAGAUCGGUAAUUCUCAUGCACAAUCUUUGUAUUCAUUCUCCAAGCUGCAGUACUUACAUGGCCCAACAAACACUUCGAUAGUUGGAAUUACAAACAAAAAUAAUUUAUGAAAUAAUAUGCAAAUAAUGCAAUUGUUUACUUCAGUAGUUUUAUUUUAAUUUUACAGAGGGCUCUUUAUUAUUAAUUAGAAUUAAGAUCCAGGCAGGCAAUGAUAUUUUAUUAUAAAACAAAAAUCGUGAAAUCGUGAAAAGCAGAAAAUUUCUAAUAAGUAAUGGCUCCAAAAAAUCGCAAACCGCCGGCGAUCGGCCUGCAGGAAAUCUGCACGGACUUCUAAACGCAAAAUGCAGCUUCAAAGUGCAAGACUCGUGUUUCCAAAUCGAAGAGUUGCUCUGAUAUGCGAGUAAAAAAUUGUUAAAGCAGAUAGAGAGCUAUCUCCGAUCGGCCACCCCAGCGAAACACAAGAAAUGCAAGACAUCGAAGAAAUCUAGCAAAAGGCGGGAUGCCGCACUAAGAAGCCAUGCGUAACGAAAAGAAACGGAGACCGGCAAAGGGCUGCAAACGUGCGUCUACACGACAAAGGGCUGCCAAUAUAGCUGAUGUCCUUGCAGAACAAACUCAGGAUGGAUGGAGUUCAUCAGAUUUUGGCGCUGUAUUUGGCUGAAUCAGUAAAAUGCCAUUACGAUUUUUGGAAUUCAUAUUUAGAUUGUCAUACUAAAUCAUACAAAAUUAUAAAGUGACACUUUUUGAGAAUCAGGGGCAUCAAUUUGAAAAUAAAUAAUUUGAAUAUUGACUAUGA